CAUCCGGGGAUUUCCACUGACUCCGCCCACAUUCCGCUGACCCUCAGCAGCGCUGUAAAUAUGGCGGAGCCCUCCUUGGGGAGUUCAAGCCCAGAGAUGCUGUUGCCUGAUUAUGAUGAUGAUCAGACUCCUGAAGACGAGGAGCUGCCAGAGGGAGACACUAACUUUGGCAGUGAGAUUGAAGAACUCGCAAAGGAGGGAGAAAUGCCCAUUCAGGAGCUCUUGAGCCUCUAUGGUUAUGGAGGCAGAGGAUCACCUGAGGAAGAGGAGGAGGAAGAUGAGGAAGAGGAUGCGGAUGGAGAUGAGGAGGAAGAUGAUGAUGAAGGAGAGGAUAUGGAUAAUGAUGAAAGCAGCAGAAGCACUGGAGAACUGAAGAAGAGCAAGGAGGAUGGAGCAAAGGUAUCUUCAAGAAUGGCGAAUGAGAACCACUCCACUGACAGUCGAGUUUGUGCAGUAAAAGCCUGUAACACAGCUGAACUUAUACGAUCACAGAACCAUGGCUACUUUCAGAAUAAUGAAGUAGAUGAAGAGUCGUCAGAGGAGGAUGACGACUAUAUUCCAUCCGAAGACUGGAAGAAAGAAAUCAUGGUUGGUUCCAUGUAUCAGGCAGAAACACCGUCUGGACUGUGCAAAUACAAAGACAGUGAGAAAGUGUAUGAAAAUGAUGACCAGCUGCUGUGGAAUCCUGAAAUCCUUCCUGAAAACACUGUGGUUGAGUUUCUUACAGAAGCCUGUCGACGGACGGGAGAGGAGACGGGCGUAGAUGCUAUUCCAGAAGGAUCUCACAUCAAAGAUAAUGAGCAGGCAUUAUAUGAGCUGGUGAAAUGUAAUUUUGAUACAGAUGAAGCUUUAAGAAGAUUAAGAUUUAACGUUAAAGCAGCCAGAGGUGGUGGGAGAAAAACACUGAUAUUUUGGAUACGGAUGGCAAUGAAAUCAGACUAGCCCCUGUAAAUGCUUAAAAUAGCUUAUGUCCUCAUGAGGAACAAUCACCCUCUGAAUAGGGCUAUAGAAAUAUACACAGCUGUCACAAAAACGGAAAUUCAAAUUCAAAAUUCUCUCCUUCCCCUCCCACUUACUUCCUCAGGUUCACUCAGGUGUGUGUGUAUGUGUGUCAGUUUUACAUCCUUGAUCAGUUCUUUAACCCUUUUCUUGCAAACUCAAGCUGUGUCUCAAUUCAGGGUCCGCGCACUUCGAAGUGCAUGAAAGGGGUGGGGUUUUGGAGUGGAGGGUUGCCAGGUCUGCGCAACAAAAAUGAGCGUCGUUACAUGGCUAUCGGCUGUGUGACAGACAGAGACAGUUGACGUUUGUGUUGCAUUUUAUGACUUUCGGGUUUUGACACGUUCACUGCCGACGACGACAGGACACUAGACCAAAAUAUGUAUGGUUAAACUAUGUAAUGUUAGUUUUAUAUUGUUAGCAAUUAGUUAACCUGGUUUGUUUUUAUGUUAAAUGAAAUGUUAACUGUGUAAGUUGUUUUAACUAAAAGAAACUUGCACUGACAUCUUAAAAUAUACCUGCUGAGCAUGACUAGGCUAUUUGUAACAGGCAAGAAUUUUAAAGCUAUGAUGACCAAGACAAAAUCUGAAUAUACCAUAGAUUUGUUUUGUAUGUUCAAAUAUUUCUAAUUUUAUUUUUUUAUAUAUUUAUAUAAUGCCCUCCACCAGCGUCUCCCUUCUCAGCCGAAUGAAAGUGUACACAAUUAUGUUUUGUUAAAAAUAAUUUAAAAUGUUAUGCUAUUUUUCUGAUGUUAAAUCUAAAUUCUGUUGUAGCCUUUAUAGUUGUAAAAGGUACUUUAUGUAAUGUAGCUUUAGAACGAUGUAUUUAAAGUAAAAACAUUUAAUUUACAUUAUGAGAAAAAUAUUAUAUACGUAUAAUUUUUCAUGUAAAAUUACAAGUUGCAUAAAAGAAAUAAACAAUGAACAGAACAAUUAUUUUAUUUACACGUGAACAUACGUAAAAAAAAAAAUGUUUAACAGAAAUUACUUCGGCUCAUUUACAAAUAAAUUACAUUACAAAUAUAUGUAUACAACUUAUGCAUUUGCUAACUUACAUCAAAAAAAUAAACUGUACAGAAAUUAGUUUCAUUGACAAAGUGACAUUUAAAUAAUAUUUAUAUCGACACAUUUUAAUGCACUGUAUUCUGUUCUUGAGAAAAGUUGGGGGGAAAGGCGGCCUUUGAAGUGUUAUUCACCGCGGUGCGAGGACGGGUGACGUAAUUCGAGAGCAACUUCAAGUGCACCCUCUCCGUUUCCCAAUGGAAUGAAGCGCCCAUCUCAAGACACUUCAUGGACUACACUAUCCCACAGUUCAUUGCGCGCCAGUGACGACAGGAGUUCAGGUGUGAAUUCAAAUAAAUGUAAGAUAUGCCCCGGUUUCAUCAAUAUGUAGCCUAAUAUCUAAAUCAAACUGUAAUAUCCGUGAUGUCCAAAUCGUCAGUUUUUCAUAAAUAUAAUAUUUGUCUCUGAGAUGGAGUGCAGUUGAAUAAAAUCCUAAAGUACUGUACUUUAAAUUUAGACUUAAAUACAGAGUAAAUGUAUAAAUAUGAAUGUAUUAUUUUCCAAGUUAACAUUUCAUUUAAAAA